UAUCGCGCUAGUGAGUGGAGUCUUGGCGGCCGCCUUUCAUCAUCCGCCUGUUCGCAACCAACUUUCCUUAACAUAUUCUCGUUACCGACACGACACAACUCAACCAUGGCGUCGAGCGAAGCGGAUGACGAGCAAGUCAUCAGCGCGCUUCUCGGAACUGGCGGCGGUCAUGAUGCCAACAAAAUGCUCGAGGGUCUCAUGGACCGCGCGCUUGAUGUAGGCGAGAAAGCAGACGAUGCCGUCGACUACGAAGACAUAUCCGAUGACGAUUUGCCCGACGAGGAAGAAGACAACCUGCAACUGAGCGGAACGACCAUAGAAGAUGUGCCUGAUCAGAAUCCUGAAGAUGACGACCUGUUCGAUGACCUCUUCAAUGAUAACGAAGGGGAACCUGAUGCGGAACGACCCGUGCAAGACGAUGUUCCGCUCCAAUCGAUCGAAGCGCAUUCUCAAGAUCAAAGGCGGGCAUCCGCGCCGGGAGCUGUGGACGAUGUAGGGAGAAUGGACGACAUACAAUUCCACGACCCUGAUUACGGCGCCACACAAUCACAACCGCAGGUUGAAGAGGAGGAAGAGGAGGAUGAAGAAACACGCCUGCAGUUACUAUUGUUCUCUCAGGCUGGAAAACUGGGCAAGGACGACCUGACACUCACUGCGCCACAGACUUCCAAAGAAGUCUUCGAUCAAAUAUGGCCCAACUUCGAGCCGGACAAGCCGCCACGAUUCGCGAGUCUCAUACCCCGAAAGCGAGCCUACUUCAUUCCGCGUGUACCACUCAAGCCCCCCAAGCCUCUUGGGUUUAAUAAUAAGGUCAAUCUCGACAUUGCUCCUGAUCAAGAGAAAGCAUUUCGACUACCAUCAAGUGCCACGCCCAUGAAACUCCGACAAGGCGAUGAAGAACAGGGCGGAGUUGUGCAGAUCCUGGAUGACAAAGAACAAGAUGAAGAGAGCGAUGAAGAGAUGGAGCUCGACAACUUUGAGAUUGUCAGCGAACAAGACAAGAUCGGCAAUGUGUCGUGGGGUGAUCUACAAAUCGCUUGCGAAGAUUGGGACAUGGACAGUAUCGCGACGUUGUCAGAUCAAGAUGAGUUGAUGACACCGCCCGAGACAAGUUUGAGUGAACGGCCAUGGAAAAAGCGGAGACUUGGAGAUCCUGCCAACCCUGUUCAAUUCUCUGUAUACGAUCACAUGAGUUUACCAUCGUGGGAUGACCCGGAGCUGGCCACUGCCAGGAUCGCGAAGCGAAUCAUGUUGGAUAUGAAUGACCCACAUCUGCUGUUAGAUGUCCAGCAACCGAGCGCAGAACCGUCAAAACCUCGCGCAACUGGUCUAGGCCUAGGCCUCAAGCGGGACAACCGUGGGAGCCUUGCAAAUCCAAUGUUCAAGCGUUACAACAUCUCCAAUGACGAAGCAUAUGACGCCCUCAAGGAAAGCAGUCAACAGAAGGUCCGUGGCACGAUUGGACACAUGAACAUUGAACACAGUCUGCCCGCCCUGAAACUACAGUAUCCGUUCUACAAGGUGCAACUGCACGAUCGCGAAUUACGAUCCUUCCACAGACCAGUUAUUCAAUUCAAGCCGGGUGAACGCGCGAUCAUUAGCAAACUUGAACGGGCAAGCAAAAAGACUAAACGACAUCUCAAACCAUCAGAGGCUUUCUCGGUGGCGAAAGAACUCAACGUUGGCGACAACUCGGACCUUCUGCUCGCUGAAUACUCGGAAGAAUACCCUACUACAUUGUCGAACUUUGGUAUGGGAGUCAAGAUUAUCAACUAUUACCGACGGGCGAACAACGAGGAUAGCAAUCGACCAAAGCCGCCAUUUGGAGAGACAUCAGUGUUGCUUCCUCAAGACAAGAGUCCAUUCGCCCUGUUCGGCGAGGUCGACCCUGGCGAGGAAUGUCUGACCCUUCACAACGCCAUGUACCGAGCUCCUGUGUUCCAACACGAAGUCCCGAAGUGUGAUUACCUAGUCAGUAGGAGCACCACCGGUAGAGAAGGACCCAAGUACUAUAUCCGCAACAUCGACAAUCUUGUCGUGGUGGGUCAAGAGUUUCCGUCAAUUGAGGUCCCUGGUACACAUGCACGCAAAGUCACAGAGGCAUCGAAGAAGCGACUCAAGAUGCUUGCCUUCCGACUGUAUCGACGGGGACAACAGAACAACUUCAAGCAACCGUGGGUCAGCAACGAGAUGAUCAAACAUCAUUUGCCAGGCACGGAAAUCGCGCAAAAUCGUUCAAGAAUGCGAGAAAUUAUGAAGUAUGUCAAAGAGACUGGCACUUGGGAGCCAAUGCCCGGCGAGACAGUUCCGGAUGAACCGACGCUUCGCUCCUGGAUCAAGCCUGAAGAUAUCUGUUUGAUAGAUUCUAUGCAUGCCGGUGACAAACAACUUCAGGAUGCUGGCAUCAAAACCAACGAGAUGAUCAAUGACGAUGACGAAGGAGAUGGCGCUGAAGCGGCCGAAGUACAGCUGGCGCCAUGGAAUACGACCAAGAACUUCCUGAACGCCUGCACAGGAAAAGCAAUGCUGGAAGUUCAUGGUCGAGGAGAUCCCACUGGUCGUCACGAAGGCUUCAGUUUCCUCAAGAUCUCCAUGAAGGGUGGUUUCAGGGAUAUUGGGGAAAGUUUGACAGACAACAUGGACGCUCAGGCACAGAAAGAGAACGGCGGCCACAGCUACAAUGUCCAAAAGCAGCACGAUAAGUACGUUGGUGCCAUUCGACGAGUGUGGGACCGACAGAAGGAGAGCCUCUCUUCUAAGCACAUACCUGAUGAGCCUGACCGUGAUGUUGAUACGAUCAUGUCUGAAGCCGAUCGCGGCCGGUCUGAAGCUGCCACGCCAGCUUUCGUACGCGAAGACGAGACAAUGAGUCAAUUCAGUCGUAAUAGCGGCAACGAAACCCGCGGCAAGAAGCUUCGUAUCACCCGCACUGUUAAGACGAAGUUCGACGAGUACGAAGAUCAGGUUGUAACCAUCACUGAUCCUGAAGUAAUCAAAUUAUAUCUGAAGCGGAAGCGACAAGAGCGUCUUAUGAAUCUGAGUAUCGACGAUAUCAAACCGACUGGAGAUCCUGAGCUGGACCGACAACAAAUGGCCAAACUCAAACAAGAAAUGGCCCGUCUGAUGCGUAACAUGGAACGCCGCGAAGGACGUGAGAAGGCUAAGGGUGUGCAUCGCAGUCAGACAGGCGAUGGCAGUGGUCCUGGCAAAGGUGGCGCAACUCCUCGCAAGUGUGCUAAUUGUGGUGAAGUGGGGCACAUCAAAACGAACAAGAAACUCUGCCCUCUGCUUAAUGGGCAGAAGAAACAGAGCGAUACGUUCAAAGAUGCGAGCGCAGCGGCACCUGCCCCUGUUCCUGCUACACCACAGACAGCUGGGUCCCCAAGCUAA